AACCCUUAUCUCACCAAGGAACAUCAUUAAAAUUCACCAACUCAGGAUUUGGCCGAAGACAGACAGCAAUGGCGAAGAAGAAAGAGCUCUUAUCCAAAGCCCCCUGGAGAGGCGACGACGAUGACUCCGAUAAAUUCAGCGGCGCAAAGCUCAAGGUCACCAAGGAGUCUGACGGUAUGUCGAAGAUGCACGUCCCUAGCCGUGGAACCGAUAAGGGUAGUCUCGCCGAUGACGAUGAUUCCCUUGAAAUCGAUCCUCAGCUUCGAUACAGCUUCAAUCGAAACUAUCAGUUCCUGCAAAGAGUGUUCACUGUAGACACUUUGGUGAAGCCUCUUCCUCCUACCAUGGCUUACAAUGUCUCUCGCAACUUGAGCUUCUUCACCCGCAUUUUCACUCAGUUCUUUGAUCCUGAAGGCAUUGCAAAUGCACAGAAGUCUCUUGGGUUGGGACAGGAAGACAAAGCUCGCCGUGUGAGUUGAGAUUUGAAUAGACGCUGCGUUCUUGUUAUGUUGUUUAAAAUAAAGAUAAUUUGUAUCCUUUUUUUUUCAAAGUACGAUGAAGAUUCCAAGUUAAGCACUAGA